CUUUCUCUUCUCUCAUGAACACACUUCACUGACUUAGGGAAGAGAGUUUUCUGAGCUCGAAAGGGAAGUUCAUUUCUUUCUUUUAUUAAAUUUUGUAUUUUUACAGUUGCCCAAAAGCUAAAUUUAACAUUUUUCCAAAGAAAUUUGGGUUUUAGAUUGGUUUUGUUUAUGGGUUUUUUAGUUUUGGGGUGUUGUCUUUUUGGGGGGCAUGCUUUUAUGGGGUCUGCAUAUUGAUGGGAUCAAUGGGUUUGAUUGAGGAGAGGAGAUUCCUUGGCGGUAAUGGUGGGAUUUGAGAGCUAGGGUUUUAAAGUGGAUGGUGAUGGUGGGUUGGGUUCUGCUUUAUUGCUGGGAUCUGAAGGUGUUUAGAUUGAGAUUGGGGUGAGGAGCUUGGCGCUGUGAAGUGUUAGUGUGAGUAUCAAAAUGGAGAGGGAGGGGAAGGUUGGGGCUUUGGUUUUCGUGGGGUUGAUCUUGCUGGUUCAUCCAUUAUGGCUUGUCUCUGCUAACGUGGAAGGUGAUGCGCUACAUAGCCUGAGGACAAACUUAAAUGAUCCUAACAAUGUCCUGCAGAGCUGGGAUCCUACCCUUGUCAACCCAUGCACAUGGUUUCAUGUUACAUGCAACAAUGAUAAUAGUGUAAUUCGAGUUGAUCUUGGAAAUGCAGCUUUAUCUGGGCAACUAGUUCCACAGCUGGGACAGCUCAAGAAUUUGCAGUACUUGGAACUCUACAGUAACAAUAUAAGUGGACCGAUUCCUGGUGAUCUUGGAAAUUUGACAAGCUUGGUCAGCUUGGAUCUUUAUUUGAAUGGUUUUACUGGUCCUAUUCCAGAGUCAUUGGGCAAGCUGUCUAAAUUGCGAUUCCUUCGGCUUAACAACAACAGCUUGACGGGUCCCAUUCCAAUGUUAUUGACCAAUAUCUCCUCGCUUCAAGUAUUGGAUCUGUCCAAUAAUCAUCUUUCUGGAGAGGUUCCAGACAAUGGGUCCUUUUCACUGUUCACACCCAUCAGUUUUGCUAACAACGUGGGCCUAUGUGGCCCUGUUACUGGGCGCCCUUGCCCAGGGUCUCCUCCAUUUUCUCCACCUCCUCCAUUUAUUCCACCAGCCCCAAUUACUUCUCCAGGUGCCGGUGGUGCCACUGGUGCAAUUGCUGGAGGAGUUGCUGCUGGUGCUGCCUUGCUUUUUGCUGCCCCAGCAAUUGCAUUUGCAUGGUGGCGUCGGAGGAAACCUCAAGAAUUUUUCUUUGAUGUACCCGCUGAAGAGGAUCCAGAAGUCCAUCUGGGGCAGCUUAAAAGGUUUUCACUGCGAGAAUUACAAGUUGCCACAGAUAGUUUUAGCAAUAAAAAUAUUCUGGGUAGAGGUGGAUUUGGUAAGGUUUACAAAGGACGCUUAGCUGAUGGUUCACUAGUGGCUGUAAAAAGACUAAAAGAAGAGCGUACACCUGGUGGUGAGCUGCAGUUUCAAACAGAAGUGGAGAUGAUCAGCAUGGCUGUGCACCGGAAUCUCUUAAGACUGCGUGGCUUUUGUAUGACUCCAACAGAACGAUUACUUGUAUACCCUUAUAUGGCUAAUGGAAGUGUUGCAUCUUGUUUAAGAGAGCGUCCUCCAUCACAACCUCCUCUUGAUUGGCCAACUAGGAAGCGAAUUGCACUGGGAUCUGCUAGGGGUCUAUCAUAUUUGCAUGAUCACUGUGACCCAAAGAUCAUUCAUCGUGAUGUGAAAGCUGCAAAUAUUUUGUUGGAUGAGGAGUUUGAAGCUGUUGUUGGGGACUUUGGGUUGGCUAAACUAAUGGACUACAAGGAUACCCAUGUAACUACUGCUGUACGUGGCACAAUUGGACAUAUUGCUCCUGAGUACCUCUCUACUGGGAAAUCUUCAGAGAAAACUGAUGUUUUUGGAUAUGGGAUUAUGCUUCUAGAACUAAUAACUGGGCAGCGGGCCUUUGAUCUUGCUCGGCUUGCAAAUGACGAUGAUGUCAUGUUGCUUGAUUGGGUAAAAGGACUUCUUAAGGAGAAGAAGUUGGAAAUGUUGGUAGACCCUGAUCUCCAAGACAAAUAUGUUGAAUCUGAGGUUGAGCAGCUAAUCCAGGUUGCUCUGUUAUGCACGCAAGGCUCUCCCAUGGACCGACCUAAGAUGUCAGAAGUAGUGAGAAUGCUUGAAGGUGAUGGUUUGGCGGAGAGGUGGGAUGAGUGGCAAAAGGUGGAAGUUCUCCGGCAGGAGGUUGAACUUGCCCCUCACCCUAAUUCUGACUGGAUCGUUGACUCAACAGAAAAUCUACAUGCAGUUGAGUUAUCUGGUCCGAGGUGACCAUGGCACAGCAACAGUAAAGAAAGGAAAGUUACUAGUUUUUUUUUGGUUAUUUAGUGACCGUGUACCGUUUUAUAUCUAUGCCCAUUCCGCAUUGUAUUCUUUACAUUUGUGCAUAUGAGUCAUCUUUGUUGAGGUCCAAUUUGUAUCAUUUGCUGCAGUUUGACAGGGCCAAUACUUUCAUGUAUAUUUGCAGCUGGGGCAGCCUAAUCUAGUGGCAUCUCAUGUUCGAACUUUGUUUUCCUAUACAUCUUUAUUCUUUUGGGCAUAAAAGCACCUGCAAAGG